CAACAGAUCCUCGGGUUGACUGAUGUAUGAACGCUUGCCCCACCCUACGCAAUAACAACAAGCAAGGGUGUGGCGGAAACUGUGGCGCACCCAGAAACAUUUUUUUUCUUUUUCUUUUCCUUUUUCUCCUUCUGGCUUAUGGCCUUCAACGAGCGGCGAAGCGCAAACAAGGGUCUCGGCGUAUUUCAAGUCAAUCGCUGCCAAAUUUUGGAUCCAUUUCUCAAGAUCGCGAUUUAGAGUUACCUUUCAUACACAGAAAAAAAUGGCCAUACAAUUCUGCAAUGAUUGCGGCGACACGCUGCCGAUAUCGGGAAACCCCGAGAUCAAAUGCGACUGCUGUGGAAACAUGAACAAGAACACCCUCAUCAACGUGACGACCGUCUCGUCGAGCCGCGACUUUGACUCGCCUCUCCGCCUCAAGGAGUAUGGCGACAAGAACGCCAUGGCCAGCCGGCCCGAGAUGAACUGGCCCAGCAUCGACGAGAACUGCCGCUUCUGCCCUUCAAAAAAGGUCCGGUACACGACGCUCCAGACCCGUGGUGCCGACGAGGGAAGCACGGUGUUUUACUUUUGCGAAGGCUGCAGCCAAAAGUAG